AUGGACCGUACACACCCCCACCAAGUCCAGGUCCACUCCCAGUUCCCACGCCGCUAUGAAGGGGGAUUUAAGGGAGGCGACCGCCCGUACCAGCAAACCGUUCCAUCCGCUUCUCCCAUUAUAGCAAUCAUGACCGAGCCCCCAGUCAGAGGAACCCUCAUUGCGCUUGCCAGAAUAAACCUCAUCGGGACACUCAUUGGACUGGCGGUGGUGACACCCGUGUUCCUAAUCUGCGGCCCUAUUAUCGUCUGCUGCUCUGACCAUCGCGUUUGUAGUCACCGCUUUCUUGUCGUCCGGGUUGGUCGUUUGACCGGUUUGACCUCGUUUUCUUGGUUCGCUCGGCACCUUUGGCAGCCGACAGAGGAGGUGCCCAGGCAACUAGAGGAGUUUUUGUCACUGGAGAGAAAGAAACGGUUGCCAGAGAGGAUGAAAUACAGAUCUAGGAGCAAUUGUUGUUGGGGAGGGAGACAACAUGCGCUAUUUGAUUUAAGUUUUAGUUUAUUAGUUUUUCGCUAA